AUGAGGGCUGUUCACAGUCUCGUAUUGUCCAUAGCGGUGAUCCUCAAUGCUAUCGACUGGACAUCACAGUUUGAUUAUUUACCUAAUGGUGACCCCAUUCCAUAUGUAAAUCGUUCCGGACCUUCAAUUUAUCCUGACAGGCAUCAAUCUCGUGAGAGGAAUUUUUUUUGUCCAUCGAGACCUUAUUUUCAGGACAGUUUGCCUUCUCCAGGGGAGCCUUCUUUCCGUGCCAGAUCGAGAUCUCCUAAUACUCUUCCUCUUCGUUCUGAAUCAAGUUCUUUACCUGCAGGAUUUAAACUUGAUCAAGUUAAAUAUAUUCGGCUCAUUCCAAACUCGAAUCCGAACUUGCGAUUUGAAAUCAAAAAUUACACUAUUCCUGGGGAUAAAGAAAUUUUACUAAGAGGAAGAAAACAGAUUUUUGAGCCCAUUUUAACUAAAGAAAGACUGGUAUUGUCAACAUCAACUGGUGACGUCCUAGGAAUAUUUGAGAAAAAAAAUAAGCUUCUUCGUGGAAUAUAUACAUUAAAAUAUCCAAAAACUUCAUACGCGACACCGCAACGGGUCAAAAUAAAUAUGCACAGUGGCGCAAUUCAAGAAAUGACUCUAGAAGAAAUGCAGGCAGUUCCCAUAGGCUCGCCACACCCAGUUUCGAAGAAUUUUAGAACAGUGAUCUAUGAUGGCUCUCGCACAAACAAAUAAUUUAAUUAAUAAAAAUUAAAAAUUUGAAUAUAAUGUUGUUUUUAUCCGAAGCUUAGAGUAUUAUUAAUCUCUAUGGUACAAUAUUUCGUCAAUGGCUAAGUCUUUAUUUUUCAGAAAGAGAUAGAAAAAGUUCUUUUCCUGGUUUUUGAUGGUAAUAUCUAAAGAGACAAAUUAUUACAUGCUUCUAAUGAU